AUGGAUGGUGAUGAGAGCCUUCAGAUCUUUGUGGGGCCAGAAGGGGACUGCUUGCCACUGAUGGAAAGGGGAACUUGUAAGCUUGAGGACUCUCAUCAAUGGGACUGUGUCCUGGUGGCUGAUCUCCAGACCCAGAAAUUCGAGAAGCAGGUGCAGAGGCAACGGCAGUUCCUGGAAAAACUCGAAAGCAAGGGCUUCCACUUCAAGAUAAUAAAGGACCAGAAGAAGGUGUUCUUUGGAGUUCGUGCUGACAGUAGGAUCUUUGACCUGUACCGGACUCUUCUCAUGAAGCCCGAAGAUCCUGGCCCCAGAGCCAAACCGAGCAAUGUUAACUCCAUCCCAGUUACCACAAGGAUCCGAAUUGUGAGCUUCAUCGUCAACAACAAGGCGAAACCUGGUGAUACCUUUGAGGAUCUAGUGAAAGAUGGGGUGUUUGAGACCAUGUUUCCUCUGCACGAGGGGGAAAAAGAACUGAAAAGAAAAUGGGCCCGAUGGAGAAACAUGUUCCGGAAACAGCCGAUUGAUGACAUUAGGAACUACUUCGGCGAGAAGGUGGCCCUGUAUUUUGCUUGGCUUGGCUGGUACACCUACAUGCUGGUGCCUGCUGCUGUGGUGGGCCUCAUCAUCUUUCUGAGUGGCUUUGCCCUGUUUAAUUCCAGCCAGAUCAGCAAAGAGAUCUGUGCGGCAGACAACAUCUUUAUGUGCCCCCUUGGCGACAACAGUCACAAUUACCAGCCACUCUCAGGAAUGUGCGCUUUUGCGAAGCUCACUCAUCUCUUUGACAACGAUGGCACUGUGGUGUUUGCCAUCUUCAUGGCUCUAUGGGCCACAGUGUUUCUGGAGAUCUGGAAGCGGCAGCGCGCCCGUGUGGUCUUGCACUGGGACUUGUAUGGAUGGGAUAAGGAAGAGGAAGAGAUGGCCCUUCAGCUCAUCAACUGCCCAGACUACCAGCUGAAGACCCAUCACCACUCCUACCUGAGCAGCACCAUCAUUCUCAUCCUGUCCCUGUUCAUGAUCUGUUUCAUGAUUGGCAUGGCCCAUGUGCUGGUCGUCUACCGUGUGGUGGCCGCUGCUCUGUUCAGCAGCAUCAUGGAGCACCAGGUGACGACUGUCGUGGUGGUGACCGGAGCUGUGGUACACUAUGUAAUCAUAGUCAUCAUGACCAAGGUCAACAAAUAUGUAGCCCUGAAGCUUUGUAGCUUUGAGGAUCCCAGGACCUUUUCGGAGCGAGAGAGCAAGUUCACUGUCAAGUUUUUCAUCCUGCAGUUCUUCGCUCACUUCUCUUCUCUCAUCUACAUUGCCUUCAUUCUGGGCAGGAUCAAUGGUCACCCUGGGAAGUCCACGCGCCUGGCCGGCCUGUGGAAGCUAGAAGAGUGCCAUCUCAGUGGCUGCAUGACGGACCUGUUCAUCCAGAUGGCCAUCAUCAUGGGGCUGAAGCAAACCCUGAGCAACUGUAUUGAGUACCUGCGCCCGUGGUUUGCCCAUAAAUACCGCUUAAUGCGGGCUUAUAAACGCGGCAUUAAGUCCAAAGACCCAGACCUGGAGGAGUGGCAGCGUAACUACCGCAUGAAUCCAGUCAACACCUUCAGCCUGUUUGAUGAAUUCAUGGAGAUGAUGAUCCAGUACGGCUUCACCACCAUCUUUGUGGCUGCCUUCCCACUGGCACCGCUACUGGCACUCUUCAGCAACCUUGUGGAGAUCCGCCUGGAUGCCAUCAAGAUGGUCAGACUACAGCGGCGCCUGAUUCCUCGCAAGGCUAACGACAUAGGGACCUGGCUGCAGGUACUGGAGACCAUUGGAGUGCUGGCAGUCAUUGCGAAUGGGAUGGUCAUUGCCUUCACCUCCGAGUUCAUCCCCAGAAUAGUCUACAAGUACCACUAUGGCCCAUGUGCACAGAACAGGAACUUCACAGCUGACUGCCUCGAGGGCUAUGUCAACCACAGCUUGUCCGUCUUCUACACCAAGCACUUUCAGGACCAUGGCAAGAUGGGAAGCCAAGCAAAUGUGACUGUGUGCAGGUACCGGGACUACCGAAACGACCGUGACUACAAUUUGUCUGAGCAGUUCUGGUUCAUUCUGGCCAUCCGGCUGGCCUUCGUCAUCCUCUUUGAGCAUGUCGCCUUAUGUAUCAAGCUCAUUGCUGCAUGGUUUGUGCCCGAUGUGCCCCAAUCAGUGAAGAAUAAGGUUCUGGAGGAAAAGUACCAGAUACUUCGGGAGAAAAUGUGCUUCAGUUCUAGGAGCACAGACGUGUAG